UGUGAUGAGUCUCAUUCUUAACAAUUGAUUUUCAUGUAUGGCACAACCAUAUUGGCAGAUGAAAUGGGCCUGGGCAAAACUGUUCAGGCCAUUACAUAUUUAACUUUGUUGAAUCACUUGCAUAAUGAUCCUGGUCCACAUCUCAUGGUAUGUCCUGCUUUUGUUUUGGAAAACUGGGAAAGGGAACUAAAGAAGUGGUGCCCGUCAGUUUCUACUCUUCAAUACCAUGGGGCUGGACGAACAGCAUAUUGCAAGGAGUUGAACUCCCUCUCGAAGGCAGGGUUGCCUCCUCCAUUUAAUGUUCUUCUUGUGUGUUAUUCACUUUUUGAACGGCACAGUCCACAGCAGAAAGAUGAUCGUAAAAUAUUGAAGCGCUGGAGGUGGAGCUGCAUGCUGAUGGAUGAAGCUCAUGCUUUGAAGGAUUGAAAUAGCUUUAGGUGGAAAAAUUUGAUGGCUGUUGCACGGAAUGCAAACCAACGAUUGAUGUUGACUGGGACACCACUUCAGAACGAUUUACAUGUACGCAUUCUGUUUAAUUGAAUGUCAUUGCCAAAGUCUUGUCUUUUGAUUUUCUGUCCAUUUAACUGUUUCGUGUUACUGAACAAAACAAU